AUGGGUAUGCUAACCUUCAGUCGUUUCCUCAGCCGACCCUACCCCCAUUACCGGGACGGUCCUACCCUCUUCUCCUUCCAACAACAGUUUCUCAUGGAGGAAUCCAGCGCCAGAGAGCGCCGCAAGUCCGACUCCACCAUAGGGGCGGAUUCGCUGGCUACUACGCCCUCUAUCGAAGAGAUGGUAGACAACCCGUUCCUGGACGACUUCGAGCACGAUGACUUUUACUCGCCGCCCGCCUCCCCCGGGAAGCACUCUCGCAACCCGUCCUUCUCAAACAGUGGCUCCUACCAGGAGGACUGGGAGACGUUUCCGCCACUUGACAAGCUCACCAUCUUCGAUCUCCUCGACAAUAUUCAGCUGUCGCAGCGGUUCGAGAAAUGGCAACUUGCGCUCAACAUGCAGCGCGAGAGGGUUCGCAAACAACGGGAGAGGCUGCGAUUUACGGGGAUGACCGCGAGGGAACGAGUGGUGGGCGAGUUCAAGCGUCGAGUGCCGACUGCCGACGAGCAGCUCGAGAAAUACCGUCGCCGCAUGAAGGAAGGUGUCGAGCGUUUGGGUAAACAGUGGAACAAAACGGCCACCGUGACCCUGCGCGAGAAGGUCUCCUUUAUCGCCGGUGUGCUCAACAUCUUCUUCAGUGGCUAUCUUAUUGGCGCCUGCCCCCAGUUCUUCUUCUACUGGUUCACUGCGCAGCUGGCCUACUUUAUGCCCAUCCGCUACUAUACCUACCACGCGAAGGGGUACCACUACUUCUUGGCCGAUCUGUGUUACUUUGUCAACUUGCUCUGCAUGCUCUCGAUCUGGGUCUUCCCGGGUUCCAAGCGGCUAUUUAUCAGUACGUACUGCUUGACCUUUGGCAAUAACGCGGCCGCCAUCGCCAUGUGGCGUAAUUCUCUGGUCUUCCACAGCAUGGACAAGGUGGUCAGUUUAUUCAUCCACAUCAUGCCGCCGGUCACACUGCACUGUAUCGUCCAUUUGACCCCGGUCGAGAUGCUCAAGGAACGCUUCCCAGCCGUCUACGCCAUCAAGUUCAGUCAGCCCGGUGAUCCAGAGCAUUAUUCUCUGGGUGCGAUGAUUUUCUGGGCUACCCUGCCUUAUCUGUUCUGGCAACUGAUGUACCACUUCAUGAUCACCAUUCGCCGCGCCGACAAAAUCGCUGCAGGGCGUCCGACUAGCUUUACCUGGCUUCGCAAGUCAUACUCUAAGGCCUGGAUUGGCAAGUUUGUUCUCGGCCUUCCGAAUGCGCUGCAGGAACCAGCUUUCAUGCUGAUUCAGUACACUUUUGCCCUGUCCACCAUGAUUCCUUGCCCCAUCUGGUUCUGGUCACGAUGGGCGAGUGGUGUCUACAUGUCUGCCCUGUUCAUCUGGAGCAUCCAUAAUGGAGCAACAUACUAUAUCGAUGUCUUUGGCAAGCGCUUCCAGAAGGAGCUAGAGCAGUUGAAGAAGGAUGUCGUGCGAUGGCAGAGUUCCCCCGACUUUGCUACUAGCCCGCUCAUUCUCCCCGAUAGCUACACUCCUGCCAGUGGCGCUCUCGGUGCUCCCGCUCCCCUGGAAAAGCGUGGCAGCAUCGAUCGAAUUCCGCUUCUGGAUCCCACUUCGGCGGCAGCAACUACUGCCCACGAGGUCAACGAUACCACCGCUCGUCAGAGAUCUUAG